GGUAACUUGAAUCGAAUGAUUUUCCCACCACUAUCCGACAUUUUAUUCGUACCUGUUUUGCUUUUAUAUCUGUACCGAACAUCUCAUUGCUCGAAUGGCUCCAGUAAAAAAACAAUCUGCAAAUACCCGUGGUCCUUCGCUAGCCCGCCGUCGUCAUGGUCUACCCGUGGGACAACGCCGUAGACGUUCUGGCUGCUAUUUUUAUCCAACAGACGAAUCGACGAAUAUCGAAAAAAUAUACUUUGGUGCAUCCGUGGUCAGAUAUUUGGAAUCACUUCCCGAUGGUCCGUGGAAGAGCGCCUCGGAGAGUUCCGAACCGGACCACACCGGAGAUGUUGAGGUGCUCUUAGUUCCCCGGAAGGCCUCGCACAUGGAUGCACUUCAUUCCAGGGAUGAAACGCACCGUAAACUACUCAACCAUUUCGAUUGGGACGCCAUGAAGAUACCGGUCGAGGAACACUCUUCGCCGAAGCCUCGUACGGCUGAGGAAUCUUCAUCGGGCGAAGAGACGGACAGUGCCGACGAGAGCGAGCCGUAUGGUUCUGCUGUAGAAGUCGUAUUUCCUAAAACAACAAUCUAUGGCUACCAAGAACGGCCGAUGGUUCGUCAGAAAAAGAAAAUGAAACCGAACCACAGAGCCAUUAGGGAAAUGUUGCUAAAGGGAAAGGGACUGUGAACGGCCCAUCCUUACGCCAACAAUGCUUGAAGAAGAAUAGGAUGAAGGAAACUUGACAUUGAAAUUACACUACAUUCAUUGACUGAUCACAAUAGACAAUGGCAAUAUCAAUAGUAAUAGCAGAAAAAUAACACAUACUUUAUUAUAGAUAGGGUAGAGUUACUUAGAGAUAAACUUGGCAAUAUGUAGAUUAAGAUUAACAAUUUA